CUGAUGGUUCAGAUGAAUCUGAAAAAACUUGUCCUUUAUUGGAAUGCACUGAGAAAGAGUUUCGCUGUGGCACUGGAAAGUGUAUUAGUAUUGAACGUAAAUGUGAUGGUUGGAGUGAUUGUAAAGAUGGAUCAGAUGAAGCAAAGGCAACAUGCUCGCCGAAAGUUUGUGGAAGCAACACAUUUACUUGUUCUAACGGUGACUGCAUAGAUAUCGAGAAGAAAUGUGAUGGUACGAAUGAUUGUACUGAUGGAUCAGAUGAAUCUGAAGAAUGUACUCCUGUAACAUGCGAUGUGAGUGAAUUCAGAUGUGCUAAUGGUGAAUGCAUAAAACUUGCAUUAACCUGUGAUAAUUCCAAAGAUUGUAGUGAUGGCUCAGAUGAAUCUGAAAUGACAUGUCUGUCAAGUUGUAGCUCUACAGAGUUCACAUGUGAUAAUGGUGACUGUAUUGAUAAUAAAAAGAAGUGUGAUGAUGUAAAAGACUGUAGUGAUGGGUCGGAUGAAUUAGAAACUAUAUGUCCAGUGACAUCUAUGUGUGGCCCCACUGAGUUCCAAUGUGAUGAUGGUUCACUUUGCAUUGACAGUAGAUUUAAGUGUGAUCUUUAUUCUGAUUGUUAUGAUGGAUCAGAUGAAUCAGUUAUUACCUGCCCUCCUCGUAAUUGUACUUUCUUUGAGUUUCGCUGCGAUGAUGGCAAAUGUAUAGACAAGAGAAGGAAAUGUGAUCGUUAUGUAGAUUGUCAAGAUGGUUCAGAUGAACUACAAGCCAACUGUCAAACUGCCCGCAACUGCAGUUGGUAUGAGUUUCGAUGUGACAAUGGAAAUUGUAUAGACAAUAGAAGGAAAUGUGACAAGUAUAAGGAUUGCACAGAUGGUUCAGAUGAAUCUCCAUCUACAUGUUCCCCAAAAACUGUAGAAUGCUCUGCUGAUCAGUUUACAUGUAGCAAUGGAGAGUGUAUUGAUGGUAUUAAGAAAUGUGAUAGUAAUGAUGACUGUAGUGAUGGCUCAGAUGAGUCCGAAAUAACUUGUCCGAGUACUUUGGAAAAAUGCACUGCUGUUCAGUUUGAAUGUGAUAAUGGUCAGUGUGUUGGUCUCAACAAGAAAUGUGAUGGUCGAAAAGACUGCAGCGAUGGUUCAGAUGAACUAGAAACCUAUUGUAUGUCCUCUGGCUGUAGUGCUGAUAUGUUUCACUGUGAUGAUGGUGAAUGUAUAGAUUUACAGUUUAAAUGUAAUGGUGAGGAAAACUGUAUGGAUGGCUCAGAUGAAGCAAAUACAAUAUGUCCUCCAAUAACUUGUACUGCUGGUGAAUUCACAUGUGCUAAUGGUGAAUGUAUAGAUGGUAGCUUAUCAUGUGAUGGGAAAGGAGACUGUUCUGAUGGUUCUGAUGAAUCUGAAUAUAUUUGUUCUUCUGUAACAUGCUCCGAAAAUCAGUUUACAUGUGAAAGUGGAGAGUGCAUUGAUGUAGAAGAUAAAUGUAAUCAAAAGGAAGACUGUAGCGAUGGCUCAGA